GUCCUCCAGUCCGUCUCCGCGGAGGCCGGUCCCUUUCUGCUUUUGGCUCGGCCAGAUGCCCGACCCAGCCCUGCAGCUUUCGGUCGUGGAUGCCCAGACCCGGAUGCCGCUGUGUCCGCCUUCAUCCGCUCCGCCAGUUGGCCCGCAGUGCCUUUGGCGUUGGCGCCGAGCCGGCCACCCCUGCUCUCAUCGUGGUUCCUGGGCCAGCGGUUGUGGACACGGGUGCUCCACUAGAGAAGGAGGCCUUCAAGAUGGCAGCUGGGGGCGAGCGGGGCUGCUCCCUCGCUCGCGAUCCAGAGUUACAAGAACAACUUCGGCAGCUCUGGAAGGAUUGGCUAGAGGUGCAGGAGCAGCUAAAGUGGCCUAUGGAAAACGCUCCAGCGUGGGUCCCCAACUAUGGCUCUGUCGAGGACCAUCGGGACUUCGCUAGAGCUAAGUUCGAGGAGGACGUGAAAGAGGGCCUCAUGGCUAAGAUGUCUCCGGGUGAAUUCCUCGAACGCUAUGGCGAGCACACCGCUAUUGCAGCGCUAGCGGUCAUCGUGGAGGAUGAGGCGCUGGACAAGAAGCGUAUCAUCCACAACGCUACCCAUGGUGUGCGCGUUAUAACCACCGGAGCAAAUGUGGUUUCCGGGACCUACAAGCUAGGUCUCCGCAAGCUAGCCCGGACUGGGAAGACCGCUGGCCGCCUACCUACCAUGAUCCGGGUGCUAUGUGGAUGGUUGGCGGACCGACUGGAAGGGGGCGGGAGGCUACAGAAACCCGAGACGCUAUUGGAAGACGCGGCCCCGCUGAGCUUCUUUACGGACGCGAAGGCAGAAGGUGGACGUGCGCGGAUUGGCGGCUUCCUCGAGCUAGUGGGGCCCUUGGUUUUCGCUAGAGGUGGUGGACAGCUGGGCCUUUUGGGCCUUUGCAGAGCUCCUGGCUACGCUGGUCGGGGUCCGCCUUUGGGUUUCAGAGAGGACGCUCAGAAAUCGUCCCGGGUGGCUAUCCGUGGCUACACCGACAACCAGUCGAACGAGGCCCUGCUACGGAAGGCUAUGACCACCAAGUUCCCAUCCACGCUAACCCUCAUGGAGCUCGCUGAAGAGCUAGAGCUAGCAGACGACCACACGAACGAGAAUUUCGCUAGCUUCGACNNCUGA